GUAGCUCUCAAAGGCAGAGCUGGUGUUUGAAUGAUUGUUGUUGGGAAGCAAGAGUGAACAUUUGGAUGAAUAAGUACUGAAAAAGGUUACCUGGUAUGCUUGAUGCUAUGGGUGCUGCUGGAUCAGCAGAUGACAUUAAUGCUAUGGAAAUUCACCAUUGGUACACAAAAUUUAUGAAGGAGUGCCCAUCUGGACAACUUUGUCUGCAUGAAUUUAAACACGUCCUGGAUCUACACGGACUUACUCCAGAAGCUAACAACUAUGUUGAACAAGUAUUUCACACAUUUGACAUGAAUAAGGAUGGAUUUAUAGACUUCUUGGAGUUCAUAGCUGCAAUAAAUUUGGUUAUACGAGGGAAAAUUGACCAAAAAUUGAAGUGGUAUUUUAAGUUAUAUGAUGCGGAUGGAAACGGAUGUAUUGACAAAAAAGAACUAUUAAGCAUAUUCACGGCUAUCCAGGCUAUUAAUGGCCACACCAACAUGUCUGCCGAAGAGUUCACAAACAUGAUAUUUCAGAAGAUAGAUGUGAACAAUGACGGGGAACUGACUUUAGAAGAAUUCAUCAGUGGUGUGGAAAAAGACAAGGACCUAAUGGAAUUGAUUACGAAAAGUUUUGACCUUUCCAACGUACUCAAAGUCAUACAGAACGGCAGAAGACACAGCAUCUGAAGGAUCCAGUGACGGAUGUGGCAUCUGUGUCAUCAUUUCAAGGAAGAUAAUAUUGAUGCAUUCAGAGAGCUUGAUGUCGCCAAAGCCUGCCCAGGCAAUACUGAGCAGUCUGCUCCAGGAGUAACAAUUUUCACUCUUGACUCCAUCUCUCUCCUUUUCUUUUCUUUAUUCUUUAUAAUGACUGUGGCAGCCACAGAACACAAACCUUUGCCCACAUAUAACAGAAAAGCUAUUUGAUGCAGUACAAAUAACUUCUUUGGUCUCUAUGAACACUGUUCAGAGUAAUCAAUAAAAUAACGAAAAUAUCGCAAAAUGCAACCUUUCUAGAAGACACAGAGUUAAUAAAUUUAUUCUUUUAAGCACAGGCUCUUUAACCUACUACCUAAAGUGUGGAUAUAAACUUCUAGGUAGGACUGGGUUCUAUCCGGAUCAAUUAAGAAUGAAGCCUGGUUUGCAUUAACUUAACGUUUGCUCUAACCAGUACUCAAAAUUGGAGUAGGUUCUCUGGGAAACAACUCAGCUUAAUAUUACCGAGAUAUGCAUUCUCCUCAACAAGCUGUCUACCACUCUUGAUUUUAUUACAACUGUAAAUUAAAAUAAUGUGAUGUUUUGAUGGUUUUGGCAGGGUUCAGCUACUGUUCUUUCAAAUUAACCUUUUACAGAAGCGCUGGAAUGAAAUUUUGUUAUCUUUGUAGAGUAAAAUUAGAUGUUCAAAGAAUAGCUAAAACCAAAUCAUUUUGUAAGCACUCUGUUUUCCCAGAGAUUUGUGUCCUUUGACUUGUAUGUCCUCCUUUUCAAAACAAUUCAGUUUCACUGGGCUCUUUGCCAUGGCUGUAUGAGACAAAAGGUAAGAGGUAUCGUGACUAGUUCCUUCCUGCUGGUGGAACUGCUGGCUUCUGCCAAACAGACUGUUCAACAGCUGAAUUCUUCCUGCCUUUGCCUGAGAAGGAGUACUAAUUUAGGUAUCUUUGCCCUGCUCAGAUACCCGGCUGAAAGCUUUUAGCAAUUUAGUCUCUCUGAGACUUCUACCUUCUUUCAAGUUGGGUUGCAAUUGUCUCUGAACGCGGUAGCUGUUAGGAGUGCAGGGAUUCACAGAUGGCAUGAUCACAUAUGCCUCAUUUUCUUAGGAAACCAGACUGAAAACAACUCAACCUUACUUUAUAAAUAACAUGAUUAAUUCUAUGAGCUGAAAUGGAACUGCACGAACUGUCUGCAAAGGGAAAAUUAUAGUUCUCUCUGGCUCUGUUGGGAUUGAUACUCUCUCAAGUCUGCAACAAGUUUUGUCAAAUUACUACAUUAUAUCAGAAGAAUAAGUUCUCCUUGGCUGACAGUGCCCUGCAGGCAUCACACUCAUAUUAGUUAUUGUUAGAAGCAUCAGCUUUAUGCAAAAUAAUUUGUGCAUGGAUUGGUGCAGGUUGAAUGAAACAAUUAUUAAGAUUUCAAUAUGAAAAUGUUUUUCUUCCAAAUUCAUUUCAAACCCAUGUCCAUUUGCACAUGAAAUGUGCUCCAUCAUCUGCACUUAUCCCAGGUUCUGUUUGAUCAAUGGAAUAUACUGAAAGUAUGCAACAUGCAUCACUUGACAUUAUAAACAGUUCUGACAUUAUAGUUCUGACAUUUGAAUCUUUUAUAUCCUUUCCAAAAAAAAAAAAAUUAUGUAUGAGAUUGCUGGUGGUUCAAAUUUUAAGUUCUUGUAUUUAUUCAUCAUUGGCACAUUAAUAUGUCAUUGUCAGUAUCCGUUUUCUCACACCCAGGCUUCAAAAAACCACUUUUCUCAAUCUAGUGCUUUUGCAUUUAGAUCCUACGAGGGUGGUGUCCUUCAGAAUUGGCUUUAAAAUAUUUAAAAUAAAAUGGUCCAAUCUAA